AUGCCAUCCUGUGUCUGCACCUGCUGCAGCGAGAUGAAGUCCGCGGUACAGGCACACGGCUACCGGUUUGGUGACAUCCCCAACGUGCACCAGUUGCGUGCAGAUGUUUGGAGGACGCUGGCAGUGGCGCGUCCAGCUCAAGUCGUCGCAUGGCUACCAGUGACAGCCGCCAGAGCACCACCACCGCCCGAGCCAGCUUUGCCGUGGGGCUUCCGAAAGAUGUGGCUCAAUGGGCAUUCUACGGAGAAGACGGGGCUCACCAAGCGUCCUGAUGGUGUUGACGACAAGCAGGAGUCUAUUCUUUCCGAUGAAGAAGCAGGAGUGGAUGCGACACGGCCACAAGACGUGGACGGCCAGCAUGAGGAAUGGAUGCUCCCUUCGUGGCCGCCACGACCUGGCAUGGAGCCACGGCCGGAUCCCACUGCUCCGGGUGUGUGGCUAGUGCCGUACUGCAUGCGUGUGGAGCACUCUGGGGAGAAUUGUACGGUGCACACCAACGGGGCUGGCGACGACAUCAUCAUGAUGUGCAACGACUGCAUUCAUGCCUUGGAAUGCGGACGCAUCCUGGAGGCUGCUCUCGCACGCUAUGAUGGUGGAGAUGUGCCAGAAAUCAAUCAGGACGGGCAGCGUCUGGAGUGGCCUACCGUGCUGGAAGCCAACAUACUGGGGCUGGGCCAUGUGCAGCAGCAGAUCUACAGGCUCAAGGUCAAGAACCGGCCGUCUGACUUGCAGCCCAUCACCGUCACAAUGCACGGGAUAGCCGUGGCGAACCCAUCACUCGAUCAUGCGGCUGCAGUCGUGGCCGCUGGGCAAUUUUUGGAAUUUGGCGAGGAUGGUGCUCCGUUGCGGGAGGAGCGUGUCAUGGACAAGUGGCGGCGGGUGCAAAACAACCCCUACACCAGCCAAGCACUCCUCAACGCGGUUAAGCUCGCCUUCAUGGACAUCCUUUUUGGUUUCAAACCUGGCGACAAGCGGCAGAGCAACCCCGACUGCUUCUGUGGCACCGUCGAGAUGAAGUCCGCGGUACAGGCACACGGCUACCGGUUUGGUGACAUCCCCAACGUGCACCAGUUGCGUGCAGAUGUUUGGAGGACGCUGGCAGUGGCGCGUCCAGCUCAAGUCGUCGCAUGGCUACCAGUGACAGCCGCCAGAGCACCACCACCGCCCGAGCCAGCUUUGCCGUGGGGCUUCCGAAAGAUGUGGCUCAAUGGGCAUUCUACGGAGAAGACGGGGCUCACCAAGCGUCCUGAUGGUGUUGACGACAAGCAGGAGUCUAUUCUUUCCGAUGAAGAAGCAGGAGUGGAUGCGACACGGCCACAAGACGUGGACGGCCAGCAUGAGGAAUGGAUGCUCCCUUCGUGGCCGCCACGACCUGGCAUGGAGCCACGGCCGGAUCCCACUGCUCCGGGUGUGUGGCUAGUGCCGUACUGCAUGCGUGUGGAGCACUCUGGGGAGAAUUGUACGGUGCACACCAACGGGGCUGGCGACGACAUCAUCAUGAUGUGCAACGACUGCAUUCAUGCCUUGGAAUCCAUCCACGCGCCUCAGCCAGAUGGAUCCAUGCCGGCACCCGCGUAUGACUUUGCCAUUGUCGCCCGUGGCAAGCCGUGUGGGACCGGGGGUGAAGCCACUGAUACCUUUACACCCAAAGUGUGCUUGGAACGCUGCACCCAGCACCUUGUGGCGGGUGUCGUGGGGUCCUGCACCCACAAACACACCGACACCUGCAAACGCUUCGGCUGUGCAGGCGUGGAUGGAGACUGCGGCAUGGCCUACCCACGCCACAUCCGGUGUGAGUUCAAGUGGGUGGGCGACAGCGGCCUGUUCGUUCUGCCCCGAUAUGGCCCCAACAUUGUGCCCCAUUGCCCCGCUGUCACAAUGGUGCUGGGCUGCAACAACAUCUUCACGCUGGCCUGCGAGCUCGACCGUCAGUACAUCGCAACAGUGGAGGAACAGCUUGUACUGCCGGUCCCCAUGUGUGACCCCGAGGUCCUGGAGGACAUCCUUGUGCAAGCAGAGGUUGUGGCCCACCGAACCACGCACUAUGCCACCAAGUAUGUCGCCAAGGCCACGUCGCAGAGCCAAGUCACAUGGCUGAACCGCACGAUCAUGAUCAGCCGCCACUUCCUUGACACUGCAGCUGCUGGUGGUGGAGACCCCGCAGCCGCCCACGAGGACCGAUGCAAGGGCAUCGGAAACCUUAUCUCCGCGGCGAACCGUACGACAGCCAGCCUGACCAUCGGAAUGGCCAUGGCGUCCUUCAAGUUGGCAGGACACGAUCCCGUCAAUGCGGCUUUCACGGCAGAUCUGCAUGUAAAGCUGCAGGGCACGGAUCUGACCAUUGCGAGCCUUGAGAACGUCCGCAAGAUCGUUACCACGCGCUGA